AUGUCGAAUACGAUGGAAGUGUCACGACCGAGGCGCUAUUUUGCUUUGCACUAUAUACUAUUACGAUUUUUGGGCCUCGGCUGGUGGCAUCAUCCGGACGAGAAUGACACGCGAAACUUUCGUGGCUGGUACCUUUACUACUCCAUAGCAACGGAACUUCUUUGGGUGGUGGGUUUUGUUGGGCUCGAGACGAUAGACCCCUUCAUCGGUGAGAAGGAUUUGGACAGGUUCAUGUUUAGCCUAGCCUUCGUGAUCACACACGACCUGACAGUUAUAAAGCUAGGAAUAUUCUUCUUGAAGAAUCGUGAAAUUCAAGACAUUGUACGCACUUUAGAGUUAGAUUUGAAAGCAUACUAUCAGAACGACACGUUGAUUCGGCGCACUAUUAAAAUCACUAGGAUUAUGACGGCUGCCUUCGUUUUCUUUGGAUGGAUAACAAUAGGUAACGCCAACGUUUAUGGAAUAAUACAAGAUAUUCGCUGGAAGAGGGACGUCUCACAGUUAAACGAUUCUGCUACUAAACCACCGAGAACCCUACCGCAGCCCAUCUAUAUACCAUGGCGAUAUCAAACAGAAAGUUGUGUGGAAAAAUUCUCGUCGACUUAUUCCUACGGCUUCAUGACUCAACUGAUGUCUAGCAUGGCGGCAAUUUGCGUCGUAAUGGUACAAGUUUCGGCAAAUCAAGUGGCGGAGGCCGUUAUGCAAUGCAAAUGGGAGCGUAUGCCGCCGCGGCUUCGUGCACUGCUCAUUAUGACCAUGAUACGUGCCCAAAGACCCCUGCGCCUCACUGCCGCAGGCUUCGCUAACAUGGACAAUGACUGCUUUCUGUCGGUAAGCGAAUGGUUACACCACUAUGCCGCGAAUCCCGUC